AAUGGACGAAUAAUACAAAAAAAAUGCUAUGAAAAUAUUUACCUACAUUUUGGGAAAUGUACUCAAAAAAAUUGUUGUUUUAUUGAAUUUUAACUGAUUUCUUACGAUAAUGGGUAGCCUUGACAGAGCAAUCCUAACUGGGUUCAUAUGUCGACUAUGUUCUGAAAUGCACCGCAUUGUGAUACAUAUAUAUGGUGAAGAAGGCAUACGACUAUGUAUUUCAGAAAAAAUCAGUCGAUAUCUCACCAUAAACAUUUCUCGAGCCGACCCACUCCCAAAAACCAUUUGCAAAAAUUGUUUGGAAAGACUUGAAAAACAACACAAAUUGGUAAUGGUGAUGGAAAACGCAGCCAACAUGUUAAAAGGGCGUAAAACAAGGGCUGCCAAAAGUGAAACAAAGCAGUAAUAUAUUGAUAAUUGAAAUUGUAACUUAAUACAUGCAGUAUCUAACAAUUCCUAAGGAUUGUCAUUAGGUAUAUGUUUCAAGGACUACGAAAUUACUAAUGUACUCGUAAAUAUGUUUACAUCGUAGGUAACUUCUGUGCUGAUGUAGCUAAAGUAAAUUAUAAGAAGGUUCAUAUUCUGUUUUGUUAUUAUCUAACAUUUAAAGAAAUUUGGAGUAUGUUUGAGAAAACAAAUGGUUUCAUUUAUACAUGAAAAGUGAUAAUAUUCAUAAGAAUAUUAUUAAACUUCUUUGUUACACAUACACAAGUAUGCUGUGUUUUAAAAUAAUUUAUUUUAAGUAUUAGUAUUAGCUAUAUAAAUUAAUUUGUAAUUAUCACAAAUUGGUGUGUUUGUUUUUGGGAACGAUUUCUCAUUAAUUUAAGGAUGAUGUUGCUCCCCCAGCUGAAAUGUUAAGAAUAAAGUAUCUCAAUAUCUCUCACCCUUUUUUAUCACUACAUAGAUAAGUGAACAAGCUUAAAGCUCAUCUGGUAUUAUUAAGUGGUUACUGGAGAUACAUUGAGGUUGACAAUCGUUGUGGAAUAAUGGUUAUCCUACUCUUGGAACUACAAACCAUGAAGGCCUUGUAGCAGAAGUGAGUCGACUAUUAUCAAAGCCGGCAAUGUGACUUUUGGACAAUUAUUGGUAAA